AUGGUGCAUCGGUGGUUAGGUAGUCAAACGGGUGUCUAUAGAACUCGACAAUAUCCGUCCGAUUCAGUUUGUGUUCAACUUGUCGGGACCCUGAUCGUUUUGGCCAGCGGUCUGAAGGAUUUGGGGGCGCCCGGUUGGAGUUGUGAUGCGAGUGUGAUGGCGAAGAGCAAGAAGGUGCCGACGAGUGCGCACAGUGUCCGGUUCGCGGACAUUAAAGUUAUCGGCGCUCUCGGAGACUCUCUCACGGUUUGUUUCGACCUAUUUUUCACUUGCCCUAGACCUAAUUUCAGGCGGCCAACGGAGCCGGAGCCCAACCCGGAGACCCUCUGGCCGUAAUCCUUCAAUACAGAGGCCUGGCGUUCCAAAUCGGCGGCGACAAGACGCUCGCCGAGCACAUCACCGUCGCCAGUACGCCUUGAACCUUGAAAAUCAACCUUUUCUCCAAAAAAUCUGCUUCUAGACGUGCUCCGCGCGUUCAAUCCGUCCCUGGUCGGCGCGUCGAAGGGCAUCGGAUCGGAAAAUGUUUGGGAAGUGGCCCAUCUGAAUAUGGGCGUGCCGGGCGCCGAAUCCAAGGAUAUCAUCAAGCAGGCGAGGGCUCUCGUCGCCACAAUGCACAGCCAUUCGGAGGUAACAACCCUAGUUUUGCCUUUUUCUCCACGAAGGAGGGGUCCUAGAAUUUUUGUCGCAAUAUGAAAAAUGAUCAGAAAGAUGCGAGGAAUCGAAUGGCGUUGAGUCUGUAUCGAUUGGGUUUUCUUGAAAUGUUUUAGACUACCUUGAACCGUUUGAAGCUUAUUGUAGAUCAACAUAAAAGAGGACUGGAAGCUCGUGAACAUUUUCAUCGGCGCCAAUGACAUUUGUGUUUACUGUGAAGAUGCGUACUUCAACGCGACCGCACCGCAUGGAAACAUCACUUUCAUGGAUAAUAUCAUUGAGGCCGUGCAGAUUCUUCAAGACAAUCUACCGAGGUUCGUUAAAACCCGAAUAUCUCGGUUGCGGAUGGAGAUAUCAAAAAGUGUCCAACUAAUAAAAUGUUAUUUAAGAAAUUCUGAACAUUUUUUCAGUUGACCACUUUUUGAUGUCUCCACCCGCAGCCGAGAUACAUCGGUUUUCAGAACGAUCGUCUCGCUGACCGGAAUGUUCAACAUGCGAAUGUUGCGGCAGAUUGACAAAAAGAAGUAUUUCUGCGAAGGACUUCACACGUAAUUGUUUUCAAACUUGUACUACAUAAAUGUUGAAUGGUUUUCCAGAUUCGAGUGUGAUUGUGAGUCGAACAAAAAGUUUACCGAUGAUGAAAUUCAAGGCGUCUGUUACGGUUACAUGGUAUUUUUGCCAAUUCGUCCCAAUUUUCGAUAAAAUUAAUUCUAGAACGGUGAGAAGCAGAUCCAGGACAGCGGAAUGUUCGACGACAAAGAGGACUUUACGUUUGUGGUGCAGCCGUUUUUCAACAAUAUUAUCAAUCCACCGUAUUCGGUCAGUUUUUAGAAGGCCUGGACACUUUGACCCACUUGCAAUGAUCCGAUCGGGACCAAACUUGGCAGACUUUUUGGACUUGGAUUAAAGUAUCUUGGGUUCAAGUUUCAGAGCGAUCCGAUCAUUUGGUCCCGAGCUAUACUGAUUUGAGGCCGAAAAGACCGGGAUUUUGCGAAGCGUGCGACCUUUUCGGUCUCCAAUCAAUAUAUCUCGAGUGUAAAUGAUCCGAUCGGUCUGAAACUUGGACCCAAGAUACUUGAAUCAAAGUCCAAAAAGCCUGCAAAAUGUGGUCCCGAUCGGAUCAUUGCAAGUGGGUCAAAAGUCCAGGCCUUAAAAGGCCUGGGCCGAAAUUUGCCCAGUCCUGAUUUUUGCUGAUUUUUCUAACACUUAGAGCCUACAAAACGCUGUUUUUUCGGGUUUCUUCAUGUGAUUUUCUAUUUUUGGCCUAAAAACUGCCAGACUUCCGCAAAAAAAAAGCGAAACAAUACAAAUGCGCUCCACCGAACUCUUCCCCCCAAGAAUGCCCGUUUUCAGAGUCCCGGAGAGGUGGACAUGACCUUUUUCGCGCCGGAUUGCUUCCAUUUCUCUGCGUACGGCCACGGAAACAUCGGAAUGCACUUGUGGAACACCAUCGUCCAACCGGUACACUUUUGAGUGCGGCGGAGCGCUUUUGCUCAUCGAUUUUCAAAUUUCAGGUCGAUCAGAAACAGACUUCUGUGAAUUUGAGUGAUCCUUCGGUCGGACUUCAUUGUCCCGACACGGUAAUCAAACAAGACAGUUCUGUAAUUUAAAAACGGAAUAUUUAAGGCAUGUCCGUUUUUCCGGACCACUAAAAACAGUGCAAAUUGCGCCGGAUACAUGACGUUGAGCGAGUUGGAUUAG